AUGUUUUUACACGAAUUUUAGUCAGGAUCAUAUUUCUAAGUUUUCGAUCCAAAGGAAGUAGAAACCAAAGGGAGCAAAGAAAAAGAAGAUCUAUAUAAGAAAUUGUUUAAAAUCAAUUACCCUUUAAAAAGUUCAAGGUAUUUUGAUAAAGAAAUGAAAGGUAAUUAAAAUCUAAACCCCAGGAUUUAUUUAUGAAUUCUUAGGUGACUCAACUAGGAUUUAAUUUCCUAAAUAAGGUGAACUAGGCUUGAUUUAAUAAUUUUUAGUUGUGUAGGUGAAUAUAGAUCUUGGGUUUGUAUGGACUUUAGAAUUAGAUGUUACUGAUACAACAAAAACUAAGAGAAGGAUAGUAUUAACAGAUAGUGUGAAGAGUCUUGAAAAUCAUCAUUUUCAUAUUAAAUCUCCAAUAGAUCAUGUAAAAAGAGGAUAAUGGUUAAAUUUAUGUAUAGAUGUUUGGAGCUUUAUGGAAGCAUUUAAAGGGUGUACAUUUCGAUCCAUAGAUUAAAUUAUUAUUGGUUCGCCUUGCAAAUUGAGAAAAAUUUAUAUCAUGAAAUAUCCAAUUUAGGAUAGUGAAAUAGAUAUAACAUUCACCUAAGGUUUUGCAAUAGUUCCAAAACAAGUAAAUUUUCCAGAGUCUUUUCCUUAUUCAAAUUAAUUAAUUACGUUUAGAUUGUUGAAUUAUAAUGAGUUUGCUUUAAGUUCUCAAAUAUAGUGCUUACCAAAAAGUCCAGAUAAGUAUUAUUUAAAUAUUUAUAGAUAUGUUUAUGAUGUUAAGUAGCCUAUUGAAUAAAAAUAAAAAAUAGGGAAAUAUAAAUAUAGCAAACCUGAAUAAUCUAUUUAAACUAAACAAACCUAGCAUCAAUAAUAAUCUUAAAAUUUUAAAAAAUAUGAUAAUAUUGGUUUAGAUGACAAAUUAUAAUCUUCCAUGAAUGAUGAAGAAUCAGAACCUAAAGAUAAUCCAUCAUAUUUUGAGGAGAUUUAAUAAGAUUAAGAUGAUAACGAAUACUUAGAGGAUUAUCUAGAGGAUUUAGAUUAAAAAGAUGAAGAGUAUCUGAAAUUAGUCUAUGAUCCAAAAUUGAAAUGUUUUUAUGAUCCUUAAACUAAUGAAUAUUAUCAAUUAAAUAAUUAAGAAUGA